CCCUGAGGCUCCGGGUCGCGGUGGGGUCCGGGCUGGCGAGGGUGUACGUCCAGUUCAGCUAGUCAGACGAGUUGUCAACACAAACAACCUGUUACACGCCUCGCUGCUCGCCGGCGGUCUUUACGCUGCACUGCUGAAACGGGAUUCGGCCAUGGGAUUGGACAGCCUGAAGUUGGGCCACGGCCAUUCGUCAUUUUGCAGUAGUAAUUGUACGCUCCAGAACAGCAGCACUUUUCUCACGGAUUUGACUGUAGAUAAGAAAAGAUGUGAUCACUGAGAUAUCUGCUAUACAUAAAUAAGAAAUAGAAAUGGAGUUUUGUUAUAACAGUAUUGCUCAUCUUUGAACUCCUUCCAAGCUAUAUACUACAUAGCAUUGCUCUAAUAUCAAAAGUUAUUUUUGCUCCUUUCAACAAAGAAAGCAAAUAAUUGAAAAUUACCUGCCUUGCAAAAGUAUGCAAUCUGGAUAUAUCCAAGAAAUAUCGCACCAGGCCUGGUGGUGGACACCCAUAAUCCCAGCGACUUGGGAGGUUGAAGCAAAGGAUCACAAGUUCAAGACCAACCUUGGCAUAAUUUAGCAACACCCUGUCUCAGAAAUGAAAAGAGCUUCCAAGGGCCAGAUGAUGGAGGAGCGUGCCAACUUGAUGCACAUGAUGAAACUCAGCAUCAAGGUCUUGCUCCAGUCUGCUCUGAGCCUGGGUCGCAGCCUGGAUGCGGACCAUGCCCCCUUGCAGCAAUUUUUUGUAGUGAUGGAACACUGCCUCAAACAUGGGCUGAAAGUUAAGAAGAGUUUUAUUGGCCAAAAUAAAUCUUUCUUUGGUCCUUUGGAGCUGGUGGAGAAACUUUGUCCAGAAGCAUCAGAUAUAGCUACUAGUGUCAGAAAUCUGCCAGAAUUAAAGACAGCUGUGGGAAGAGGCAGAGCUUGGCUUUAUCUUGCUCUCAUGCAAAAGAAACUGGCAGAUUAUCUGAAAGUACUUAUAGACAAUAAACAUCUCUUAAGUGAGUUCUAUGAACCUGAGGCAUUGAUGAUGGAGGAAGAAGGGAUGGUGAUUGUUGGUCUGCUGGUGGGACUCAAUGUUCUUGAUGCCAAUCUCUGCUUAAAAGGAGAAGACUUGGAUUCUCAGGUUGGAGUGAUUGAUUUUUCCCUCUACCUUAAGGAUGUGCAGGAUCUUGAUGGUGGCAAAGAGCAUGAAAGAAUUACCGAUGUCCUUGAUCAAAAAAAUUAUGUGGAAGAACUUAACCGGCACCUGAGCUGCACAGUUGGAGAUCUUCAGACCAAGAUAGAUGGUUUGGAAAAGACUAAUGCAAAGCUUCAGGAAGAGCUGUCAGCUGCAACAGAUCGGAUUUGUUCACUUCAAGAAGAACAGCAGCAAUUAAGAGAACAAAAUGAAUUAAUUCGUGAAAGAAGUGAAAAGAGCGUAGAGAUAACAAAACAGGACACCAAAGUUGAGCUGGAGACUUACAAGCAGACCCGGCAAGGACUGGAUGAAAUGUACAGUGAUGUAUGGAAGCAGCUAAAGGAGGAGAAGAAAGUUCGACUGGAACUAGAAAAAGAGCUGGAGUUACAAAUUGGAAUGAAAAUGGAAAUGGAAAUCGCCAUGAAGCUACUGGAAAAGGAUACCCACGAGAAGCAGGACACACUUGUUGCCCUACGCCAACAGCUGGAAGAAGUCAAAGCAAUUAACUUACAGAUGUUUCACAAAGUUCAGAAUGCAGAGAGCAGUUUACAACAGAAGAAUGAAGCCAUCACAUCUUAUGAAGGAAAAACAAAUCAAGUUAUGUCUAGCAUGAAACAAAUGGAAGAAAGGUUACAGCAUUCUGAAAGGGCAAGACAGGGGGCAGAGGAGCGGAGCCACAAGCUGCAGCAGGAGCUCGGCGGGAGGGUCAGCGCCUUGCAGCUGCAGCUGUCACAACUUCACGAGCAAUGUUCAAGUCUAGAGAAAGAGUUGAAAUCAGAAAAAGAGCAAAGACAAGCUCUUCAGCGAGAAUUACAGCAUGAAAAAGACACCUCCUCUCUGCUCCGAACAGAACUACAGCAAGUAGAAGGAUUAAAGAAGGAGCUGCGAGAACUCCAAGAGGAGAAGGUAGAGUUACAGAAGGUCUGUGAUGAGCAAGAACAAGCCCUCCAGGAAAUGGGACUGCACCUCAGCCAGCCAGUUCUUCAGGCACCUCAGGAACACUCACCAGAAGCAGACUUGGAACUUGGGGAUGGCCAGAGCAGGCCACUUGGGUUUGCAGCCAGGAGCGUGCACCAUGCUUCCUCCUACCUGUCCUCUCACACUGGACAAACUCAAGGCACAGCUAGAAUUUACCCUUCUAAUGAGCCAGAGACCUCAAAAAUGUCAGUGGCCUUUGAUCUUGGAAAUGUCCCAGUCACCAUGCUGCUCACAGCUGAGUUCUGUAGCUUUUGCAAGGUCAGGCACGUGCAACCCAGACAGGACCAUCUCAGGAGUUGCUUUCAUGCUGUCUCCCCUUGUUCUUUCUCCCUCCUGCAAGCCAGUACCAGGUGCCAGAAGAGGAAAAACCUGUUCUCAGACCCCAUUACCAGCUAAGAAAGUUCCUGUAUCUUGGCGACUUUUGGGUGCUUCCUGAGUUGUGUUUUCCAGAAUUCUUGUGUGUUCAGACUGCCAUCAUGACCUAAUUUGCCAAAGCCUGUCCAUCUGGACUGUCUCUGAUCCUGUCAGCGUGCUGGCCUAUUUCUGCAACUGAAUAGGGGAGGGAAGGAGCUGUCUGCAGGAUCAGUAGUGAAUGCCUGAUGCUAUUUUCUAAUCCCUCAUUUAGCAAUCUGGCCUGUUUCCCCCAGAGACCUGCCAUUUUGACAGUCUAAUCUAAUGUCAAUUUAUUUAUUUAUUUAUUUUUUAGGGGAGAGAGAGAGAGAAAAUUUUAAUAUUUAUUUAUUUUUAGUUUUCAGUGGACAACAUCUUUGUAUGUGGUGCUGAGGAUCGAACCCAGGCCGCACGCAUGCCAGGCGAGCGUGCUACCGCUUGAGCCACAUCCCAGCCCCUAAUCUAAUGUCAAUUUAGAUUGAUCUCAGCUUUUAAGAAAGGCUCAGACUUCCCCCAAACUGCAAAUGCAUAGUUUGAUUUUAUUUGAUUUAGUUCUGCCAAUUUAGACCAUGUUCAGUCCUGUCUCUUAUGUGAACAACUAAAUAAUUAUUCCUAACAACAGAGUGGAGAAUGAAUGAAGCAAGAACAAAUGACCAGCCAAGUGUGGUCAUUUACAAGCCUGUAAUUCCAGCAACUUGGGAGGCCAAAGUAGGAGGACUGCAAGUUCAAGGCUGGCCUGGACAACUUGGAGACCCUGUCUCAAUUUUUUUUUUUUUUUUUUUUUGGUGUGUGUUGGGGGUGGGGGGUGCUGGGGAUUGAAUCCAGGGCCUUGUUAAUGUUGGACAAGCAAUCUACCAACCAAGCUAUCUCCCCAGCCCUCCUGUCUCAAAAUUAAAAAAAAAAAAGAGGCCAGAGGUAUAGCUCAAUGGUUAAGUGCCCUUGAAUUAAAUCCUCAGUUCCAAAACAAACAAGACCAUGCCUUUUGAGCCUGCCUCUUGGAAUACUGGCCAGGGAGAAUUGAGAGAAACCAAGCCUUUCCCUACUGCAAGCACGUCACAGAUCCAAAGAAGCCAGAAACCUGGGCUUCUAUGAGAUCAUUAUCAAUUUUUAAAUGAUUGGAACCACUUUAAAAUCUUUUCAAAUCCUUGCAGGCUACAGUCUGUUCUUGGCCCAGAUUUGAUUCCAAGCUCAGCCUCAAAAGAGUGUUUCAUUUUAUUUACACAUAAGCCAGUGUGAUGAAGUGUCUGGGAUGACACUUCUUAGUCCUAGUGUUUUCACAGAGCCCACAGUCACUGCAGUUUUGUUAAAAUUCUAGAACCUCUCAUUGCUACAAAAUUAUCUCUUUUUUGC